UGGGAAAUUUACUAAGCCAAGAGUGACAUAAAUAGAUUUGUUGAUUAUUAUACGUGAUACCGACACACACACACACACACACACACUAACAAAGUACUCUUGAGUCGGGGAUCAGAGCUGACCAUUCUACUCUAUUAACCAGUGUAGAUAUAAUAUAGGUAGGUACCGAUUGUCAGACAACAUUUAUCAUAAUAUUUAGCUAUUAGCUAAUAUAAUUAUGUUUAUGUAACUGUUAUUUCCUUGUUUACCUACUUCAAAAUUGUAAAAAUGUAGAAUAUGUUAUUGUGUUUGUGACUUGUGUACUGUGUAACUUACUUAUACUUUCAUAUUAUUAUUACCUUAUUAUUUCUUAAUAUAAAUAUUUAAAUAUGAAUCAAAAACUACCCAGAGUUGCGGCCAAAAGAAAAAAUGAACUUCAACAAACACAACAUUUUUUGAAAACAAAUACAAAAAUUAAGAAUUAUUUUGAUUGCAAUCAACAUGUUAAUGAUGUUAACAAUAAAGACAACCAAGACAAAAUGAUUGCUGGUGAAUCAAUUUAAUCGUGUACAAUAGAAAUGCAUUCAACUAGUACUCAGGGAGGAAAAAAUAAUAUGCCCAAAGACAGUCAAAUCAUCGUGUCGAUGAUGGAAGAUUUAGGAAUUGUUGAAUAUGAUCAACAAGUUUUAAAUCAUUUUUUGGAGUUUAACCACAGAUACACUACUCAAUUAUUGGAAGACGCUAAGGCAUUGUCAAACUCAGCGAAAAAGAAGAGUGUUGAUGCCGACGAUGUAAAACUUGCAAUACAAAUGGCGCAAAACGGAGUGUUUCCUAGACCUCCUCCGCUCAAAGUAUUAAUGACAGCAGCCAACGAAGUAAAUCAAAUGCCAUUACCCCCGCCAAUUUCUGCCAGUCAAAUACGAAUUCCACACGAUAGUCCAAAUUUCGUAAAAACAAAAUAUAGGCUUAGAUAUGAAUCGCCUGUAUGUUAUGGAGAAAAUAAGCGCAAGGCUAAUAAAAUAACAGCUGCAGAAAUGUUAGCGGAGUCUAGAAGAUUACAAAACGAACAUACACCCGUGCCGCAAUCCAGUCAAAUGAAAAAUUCAUUGAAGGCUGAACUUCGAGAAACAAUUGAAGAUCGUCGAAGCAGUCAUGAAAGCGCUCGAGAAAAUGAUAAAGAUGAAAUUAUGGAUGCUUAGGCUUAUCAAAAUCAUUCAUAUUCUGAUACUGCACUCAAUGAUAUGGUCGAAAAAUUACUUAAUGAUAUGUAAUUUAUCAUGGAUUACAUUAUAAAAUUAAAAAUACUUUAAAUAGUAUUUUCAUUCUCUUUUAUUCAAUAUUAUAUUUUACAUUUUACUUUAGCUCAUAGUUAAUAGCCUAUCAAAACUAAUAAUGAAUUAAUCAACUUUGAGUUUAUCAUUUUAAAAUCAGGAUUUUAUGUAAUACAGCUUUAUAAAGGCAAUAUACAACUAUGAUGAUAAAUAUGGGUUUGGAAUUUGUUGCACUAAAAAUAAUCAAAAUAUGCCAUCAAAAUUAUUGAAAUGUGCUUAAACACCAAUAAUAUGUAGCUAAAUCUGUAUAUUACUUUCGAAAAAUUCAUAAAACAUAUUACAAUUUUGGAAAUAAAAAAUUCAAAAAUAAGUAGUUACAUAAAGAGUUAUAAAAAUAAUUUGUACCGUAUCAGUUUAUUCGUUGUUAUAUAUUUUACUUUGAGGCGUGUAUAUGCAUUAAGAAAUAUUUAUAUUUGGUCUGUUACCAAUUAAAAUAUACUACCAAAAUGUCUAGGCAUGAUAAAUGAUAACGAUUACAUACAAUGCUAAACUAUUACAUAUUUGAAUUUAAUAUACUGAUUAAUAUGGACACUAUUGUAUGUUUUAGGCAUUUUGAAACCAACUAGCUUAUUCAGUAUUAUAAUUGGAGGGCUUUAGGCUUCAGCCUCCACAAAUCUCAAACGCCAAUGCUACCUACGCAAAUAUAAUUUAUUUUAAGAAAUAUUUUUGAAUGUUAUCCAAAUAUAAUUUUUUCUAUUCAUUUCACGAACACAAAAAAAAAAUAUGCACAAAUAUGCAAUUUCAAACUUUGUAUUUAAUUUUGUCAUUUUAUAAAAUAAAUUUAUAACUUACCUAGAAUAAUCUACAACCACUACUAAAAAAAAACAUGCAAAUGCAAGAAGUCCCGAACCCUAAUGAUAAAUAAUUGUAUUAUAUAACCUUAACAUGUUAUUAUCCAUGUUUUAUGAAUUUAUAUCAUAAUCAUUACAUACAUAUAGUUUUAAUGAACGAUAUAUUUAUUAUUUUUUAUACUUUUACAAUUAUAAAGUAUAAACUUAAAGUAUCUAAUAUUUUAUUUUUAGUUCUUAUGUAUUCAUAAAACAUAUUACUUUUAUACUUGUGCCAUUGAGAGAGCGCUACAAGGCGGCACCCAAAACUUGUCCGAUCUCGCACAUUCCCAUCACUAAAUCUGCCCGUAUGCUGGUCGCCGUCACAUCUGGAGGCCGUCAUCUUCGUUGCUACAACUAUAUGGUAGAGCGGGAGAAAUUUGGGUACGAAAACCCGGAGCUCGGUCAUUUGGAUGCGCCAACGAGUGGUGCUCUCUCAAUGGCACUAGUAUAUAAUAAUCACACAAUAAAUACUAUUAAAAUUGGAAUAAAAGAUUUGUGUACACAAUAAUCAGUCAUUAGCCAACGAGUCUGAUACGGUUAAUACAUUAUAUACACAUAUGGUGACUACCUAGUUGAAUCACAAUUGAUAGAAAAAAGUAGUUAUUCCUUAAGUAUUUUUUAAAUAUUUAGGCAUUGAAUAGUGUAAAAUAUUAUGAUGAUAAAUAAUUGUAUUAUAUAAGCUUAAUAUAUUAUUAUCUAUGUUUUAUGAAUUUAUAUCAUAAUCAAUACAUACAUUUAGUUUUAAUUAACAAUAUACUUAUUAUUUUUUAUACUUUUACAAUUAUAAAGUAUAAACUUAAAGUAUCUAAUACUAUGAUCAUUUUUAGUUCUUAUGUAUUCAUAAUACAUUUUACUUUUUAUAAUAAUCACACAAUUAAUAAUAUUUAGUUAAGUUAAGUG